GUUAUCGUAGUGGUGGAGUGGGUCUGUGGAGUGUGACUUCCAUCCAAGCUUCAUCGCCGCCGAUCAUAUCUUUUCCGGCAACCUUCAUGCUUCAACCUCACCUUCAUCAUGGGUUCUAAUGCUAUAACUACUGCAAAUCUGGCUGUAAAAGCUAAAAAGUGAGAUAGAACCAAGGUGAAGUUCUGCAAUGACAACCACUGGUUCUAGUGAUCCCCCUCUUGUUGCUCAAAGAUUGUUAGGGAAAGUUGCGUUGGUAACUGGUGGUGCUACUGGUAUCGGAGAGAGUAUUGUUCGUCUUUUUCAUAAACAUGGUGCAAAGGUUUGUGUGGUGGACAUUGAAGACGACCUCGGUCAGCAGUUGUGUCGAACUCUUGGUGACACCGCCUGUUUCAUUCAUGGUGAUGUGACCAUUGAAGAUGAUGUUAGUCGUGCAGUUGACUUCUCGGUUGCUAAUUUUGGCACACUUGAUAUCAUGGUCAACAAUGCCGGGAUUGGAGGGCCGCCUUGUCCUGAUAUCCGUGAAUUUGAGCUAUCAACAUUUGAAAAGGUAUUUGAUGUAAAUGUUAAGGGAACCUUUCUUGGGAUGAAACAUGCAGCCCGAAUAAUGAUCCCAUUGAAGAAGGGUUCGGUUGUUUCUCUAUCUAGUGUUUCAAGUGCCAUAGGUGGACUGGGCCCACAUGCGUACACUGGGUCCAAGCAUGCCGUGUUGGGACUCACCAAAAGCGUAGCUGCUGAACUGGGACAACAUGGGAUUCGCGUGAACUGUGUUUCUCCUUAUGCAGUUUUGACGAACCUGGCUUUAGCACAUCUGCCGGAGGAUGAAAGGACGGAGGAUGCCAAGGCGGGUUUUCGUGCUUUUGUUGGGAAGAAUGCAAACUUGCAGGGUAUGGAUUUGGUGCAGGAGGACGUUGCGAAUGCUGUAGUAUUCUUAGCGAGUGAUGAAGCAAGGUAUAUAAGUGGGACCAACCUGUUUGUCGAUGGUGGUUUCACGUGUACUAAUCACUCGCUCAGGGUGUUCCGGUAAUAGGUUGUAGACAUGUUUUGUGUAAUAAUUGCCUAGAUUUACUGAAACAGGUGGUCAUAUAUAAUCUGGGAUCUUUGUUGUUGGAUCUUGCUUAUCUUAGCAUAUUUAAUUCAUUAAGAUCAA